UAUAGUUAAUGCGUUUGGGAAUGUUUCGAAUAAAAAGAAAAAAGAAAAGAAAACAGAAGUGCUGUUGUGGCUGCUGCCCACUUUAGGAGGAGAUCUAUCAGGUUAUUUUUUGUUUUUAAAACAUCGUUAAUAAUACCGUGAAAUCACAACAGCAUUUAAACUGUACCGAUCCGCGUGACGUCACUAGCGUGGAACUUCUCGCAGCUAGUGUGGGAUUCUGAACGGAACGCUUUUGAUUCGGUUUACGGAAGUAAGUUCCUCAUCGUUAUUUACUAAACCGGAUUAUCAGUCUCGCUCCUCGGCGUCGGGCUGCAGAAUGCGGUUGAGAUGUCGGCUGCUGUUCGCCGGCUGUGUUUGGUGGAGUGUGUCGAUCACGGCGGCGAUAGAGCCGAUCAGCACCAGCAUCGCGGUCGGGAUGGCAGCGGCUCUCACCGGAUUCCUGGCCCGUUAUCAGAACGUGUUCUACUACUUCCAGGAGUGCUGCAGACCGGAGUGGAUCUCAUACAACAAAACAGGGCUGAAGAAUGACCUCAACACAAAGCUGUACGGGCAGCACGUCGCUUCUGAGGUCAUCCUGAAAGCCGUCACAGGCUUCAUGAACAACGAAAACCCAAAGAAACCGCUGGUUCUGUCCCUCCACGGCUGGACUGGGACCGGGAAGAACUUCGUGAGCCAGCUUAUAGCAGAAAAUAUUUACCAGAAAGGGAUGACGAGCAACUUCGUUCAUCUGUUUACAGCGACAGCACACUUUCCUCACGAGGCUCACAUUGACAACUACAAGACUCAGUUACAGGAGUGGAUACGAGGGAAUGUGUCCAUCUGCCCGCGUUCAAUGUUCAUCUUUGAUGAAAUGGAUAAAAUGCAUCCGGGGCUGAUCGACAGUAUAAAACCUUACCUAGACUUCUAUGACAACCUGAACGGAGUGUCGUACAGAAAGGCCAUCUUCAUCUUCCUCAGCAACGCCGGAGGUGAGAAGAUCGUUGAAGUGGCUCUGAAUUUCUGGAGGGAUGGUAGAGAGCGAGAGGAGAUCCACCUAAAGGAUCUAGAGACGGCACUGUCACUGUCCGUCUUUAACAACAAAAACAGUGGUUUCUGGCACACUAGUUUAAUCGAUAAGAACCUGGUGGAUUUCUUCGUGCCGUUCCUUCCUCUGGAGUACAAGCACGUCAUUCAGUGCGGUUUGGCUGAGAUGGUCUCAAAGGGUCACGCCCCAGAUAAAGAAGUGGUUGAAAUAAUGGCCCACGACCUGAACUACUUCCCUAAAGAGGAGCGUGUCUUCUCCAUGCAGGGCUGCAAGAUCAUUCCCGCCAGACUGGACUUCUAUAUUUGAUCGAGAGGGGAAAAAACAAAGACUCAGAGACAGCAAACUGGUUAUCUUCUGUGUUUUUUUUUCACAGAACUUUUUCUGCAAUAGAAGUGAUUGCAGAUUUGCUGAAUUUUAUGAUGUAAGGCUCUCUAAAGACUCUAAAGCAGGGGAUGUUUUUACUCAAUCACAGGUGUUUUAUACACUAAUGGAGACUGUUUUAUUAAUGUCGGCUCAGCUGCUGAAGUCCUUGUUCUCAAGGGCUUUUCUGUUCAAGAUGAAGUUGCAGAGGAAGCUUUUUAAUUAAAUGACUUUGCACAUUGUGGAGCUCGUAAAAACACUGGCUGUCAGCGAUUUUAUAAUGAUCUGUAUUAAUUAUGAUGGAACAAAUCUCAUUUGCCUUUAUCUUGAAAUAUCACUCAUGCAUUCAUGUCUGCCUUUUUAAAAGUUGAGGAUGAAGAUCCAGAAGACAACUUGAAUCUCAUUUUGACCAAUGAAACCUAAAGAUCAUUUGCGUCACUGUCAGGAUUCACAUUUUUUGUCGUCGAUAUGUGCCACAGAUUCUGAUUGAAGGUUUUGUUUAGUAAAUCAAAGUGCCUGUUUAUCUUAACAGAAGAACUUGAUUUGAACAUAAUUUCAUAUUCAUGAAACUUUUUUAUUUUUGAGGUGCACAAAGAUAAAAAGGCAAAAUACUUGAUUCAAUCUGCGUAUUGAUUUUUAUAAAGCUGUAUGAUGUAAACAGA